UUUAUUUUGACUCGCUUUGAAAUCUCAUCUGCAGAUUGCUAAAUCAUCCUGCAUUAUAGGUCAUGGCUCAUGCGCGGGAAGAGUAUCGUUUCCAGUUCGUCGCACCCCUGUCGCGCCUACUGAUUCGAUCUCCAACUGUAUUAAUGUGUUGCCAAUAGGUUAUCCAUUUACGUCCUAGAAAGCAGCAACUCUAGAAGACUAACUUAUUUUAUGCCACCUUUGAACCUCAUCCCGCUUCUCUGCAUUCGGCCCCUAAGGCUGUUUCUGUCCGCAGGGCAUAUCCGUCGAGUUCGCAUCGUUCUGCUCCGGGCAACCCACCUUCCUUUUGUGGCCUUGAUCUGGGCUUUUGAGUCUAGCCGCCGCUAUGUUUCGCAACAAAACAACCAAUUUCCCCCUACUCAAGCGACUUCUACCUCUUCCAUCCAGGCUAACUUCCCUUUCUCCACGCACCACGCUCCGCUCCAUGCCUCCACAGUCGAUACAUCACAGCUGGGUUGUGGGAAAUCCAAGGCAUCGACCAACGCGGCUCAGCGUGCGGAAGCCCGCGGAGUGUGUGGACUGACUCCAAAUCAGGCCGGGCAUAAUGACUUGGCGGAUAUGAUCGACGAGCUGGAACGGUUGCGCACCCAAGUGGAGCGCGUGGCAGCUACAGUAGCUUUCCACCAGCGAAAUCGACUGUGAGACCGUGGAACAGUAAUUAGAGCAGAAAAUAAGAGCAUGCUAGAUAUUCUGAGGCUAGUUACUCCGUCGACUAGUUCCAGACUUCCAUUUGAACAGACCACGACCUAAAAAGAUAGACACACGCACUGGCUUGAUGGCUGGCCCCAUAGUCUAAAAGACUAGCGCGAGCACCGGCCACCGACAAGUCUGACUACUAACAAUGGUUCAAGAUGUGACCUUCGGAUGUCGUUACUAUUAUUGCUUAGAUGC